AUGGGGGACGACGCGUUGAAGCGCGCGUUCCGGGCGCUGUGCCUGGACUACGAGGAGCUGCUGGACGAGGCGGCGCAGGCGACGCAGCCGGUGGACGAGCGCAUUGGGCUGGCGCUCUUCAAGAUCGACGAGGCGUGCGCGGCGGCCGACGCGCUGCGGCAGGACGCGCAGCAGGCCCAGGAGCAGCUGCUGGACGAGCUACUGGCCAACUGCAACGAGCUCGAGGACAUUUUCCUGCGCGUGAACCUCAUCGAGCGCUUCGUGGGGAGGAUGCUGCAGACCACGCGCGAUCUCGAGAAGCGCUCGGAGGGCGUCGGUCGCGCGGCCGGCCCAGUCUUCAACCCGAGCAGCAGCGUCACCAGUCUGUUCAGGUCCUUCUCCAUCAAGGUGUGUGCUACAUGUAGGUAG